AAGAUCAAAAUACAAAGCUCUCUUCUUUCUUCUUCAACCGCGAUAGGGAAGAUGCGUAGUUUAAUAAGUUACAGACUAACUCUCUCUUUUCUCAUUCUCUCUCUUUUUCCUAUCUAUCUCAACGCUCGCCCUUUCGUUCUCGUUCUCUCCCAAGACGACCUCAAAGAUGCUCCCACUUCAGCCGACUCCGACGGUGACUCCACCGCAGAGUCGCCGCCGGAGUGGGACGAGUUCGGUGAUUCCGACUCAAAGCCUGAGCACGAACUCGACCCUGGAUCUUGGCGGCCAAUUUUUGAGCCCGAUUCUUCAAGUCCUGAUAUUACCGAGGAUCCAGAGAUGGCAGAGUAUUACUCAGGUGUCCAGAAGAUGCUGUCCGCGGUGAGCGGCGGCGAGGUGAGGUUGAUGGAGGAGGCAACGGCGGAGAUCGAGGCAGCAGCUGUGGCUGGGAAUCCUCACGCGCAGUCAGUGUUAGGGUUUCUGUAUGGGCUAGGGCAAAUGAGAGAGUGGAGUAAGGCAAAGGCAUUUCUUUAUCAUCAUUUUGCGGCUGAAGAAGGUAGUAUGCAGUCAAAGAUGGCUCUUGCCUACACUUAUACACGCCAAGACAUGUACGAUAAAGCGGUUAAAUUGUAUGCUGAGUUAGCUGAAGUAGCUGUGAAUAGUUUUUUGAUCUCAAAGGAUUCACCUGUGAUUGAACCAGUUAGAAUUCACAAUGGAGCUGAGGAGAACAAGGAAGCUCUAAGGAAAUCUCGAGGGGAAGAAGAUGAAGACUUCCAGAUUCUGGAAUAUCAGGCCCAGAAGGGGAAUGCGGGAGCCAUGUAUAAAAUUGGGCUAUUUUACUACUUUGGGUUGAGAGGGUUAAGGCGUGAUCAUGCCAAGGCAUUGUUAUGGUUUUCAAAGGCCGUAAAGAAGGGGGAGCCCAGGUCGAUGGAACUCCUAGGUGAGAUAUAUGCAAGGGGAGCCGGAGUUGAAAGGAACUAUACUAAAGCUCUUGAAUGGCUUACUCUUGCAUCAAAGCAGCAACUUUAUUCUGCAUAUAAUGGCAUGGGCUAUUUAUAUGUCAAAGGUUAUGGAGUGGAAAAGAAAAACUAUACCAAAGCAAAGGAAUACUUUGAGAAGGCUGCUGACAAUGAUGAGGCUGGUGGACACUACAACCUUGGAGUAAUGUAUCUUAAAGGGAUUGGGGUAAAGAGAGAUGUAAGGCUGGCACGCAAGUAUUUUGUAGUGGCUGCUAAUGCAGGUCAACCAAAGGCGUUUUACCAACUAGCAAAAAUGUUCCAUACUGGUGUGGGAUUUAAGAAGGAUCUCACCAUGGCUACUGCAUUAUAUAAACUGGUUGCAGAACGAGGACCAUGGAGUACCUUGUCUAGAUGGGCACUGGAGUCAUACCUAAAAGGUGAUGUGGGCAAGGCAUCCGUAUUAUAUUCAAGGAUGGCUGAGCUGGGUUAUGAGAUUGCCCAAAGUAAUGCUGCAUGGAUUCUAGACAAAUACGGGGAGCGUAGCAUGUGCAUGGGAGAAUCUGGAUUUUGUACUGAUGCAGAAAGGCACCAGCGUGCACAUUCAUUGUGGUGGCAAGCUUCUGAGCAGGGUAAUGAACAUGCUGCUUUGCUUAUUGGUGAUGCAUAUUAUUAUGGUCGGGGUACCGAAAGAGACUAUGAACGCGCUGCAGAGGCUUACAUGCAUGCCAAAUCUCAAUCUAAUGCACAAGCCAUGUUCAACCUUGGAUACAUGCAUGAGCAUGGUCAAGGACUUCCAUAUGAUCUUCAUCUUGCAAAGCGUUACUAUGAUCAAGCCCUAGAGAUUGAUCCUGCAGCUAAGUUGCCUGUUACACUGGCCCUCACAAGCUUGUGGGUACGAAGGAACUAUGCAGACAGUUUUCUGGUUGAUUUGAUUGAUUCAUUGCCUGGAUUCUACCCAAAAGUUGAAGCAUGGGUGGAGAAUGUGAUCAUGGAGGAAGGAAAUGCAACAAUACUGACCCUUGUUGUCUGUCUACUGACAGUCCUCUAUCUCCGCGAGAGACAGCGCAGGCAUGUUGUUGAUGUUGGUGUUGGUGAUGAUGGUGAUGUACCACCGCAACCUAUUGACCAUGCUGCUCCUGUACACAAUUGAUUAGCAGCAGUGAUGGUCUUCUGCAGAAACUUGCAUCUUUCAGUGCUCUAUUUAUGUGAAAAGGUAAUUUUUAUAAUCACAACAUAUUAAUGUACAGGUGUCUGAGUCUUUGCAAAACAGCUUUCAGGCAUAUCAAACUAUAGGAUGACUGAAAGGGAGACAGAAACAAGAAAAUUUUUUACCUUUGUAUGCUAGAAGCAUGUAUUUAACAUAGACAGACAUGUGGAAUACCAGUUUAGUUGUGGGAGAUAGAAGCAGUCUGGCAUUUAUUGUCCUAAUUUAACCAUUUAUUUGAAUGAGGAUACGUGAUUUGAUUUAAUGCGAUUCAGUGUUGAUUUCGCUUGGCAGACAUUAUGUAGGAAUCAAAAUAAUUUUAUCAUAGCAACUCUUUUUCUUACAAAAUGUAAUUUCUGAUAAA